CUCACGACCAAGAUUCGAACGAAAGGAAGAUGAGUCUUUGCUGUCGUCAGAUCUGUCAACUGAGUUAAGUGACCACAAGGAACAGAUGCCUCUUCUUUCUUUCCCGGAGGAUGAGGAGAGUGUUGAUGAAGAGGAGCUGCCAAGUUUAUUGAUGCAGACAAGACCAACGUCUAUCACAGAGGGAGUUUUUGUGUCGUGCAAAUUUAGACGCUUUCCUACAUGGCCAGCGUUGGUCAAGCAAGUAAAUCGUAAGGCAAAAAAGGCCAGCAUUAUUUUCAUUGAUGAUCAGAUAAGUCGACAAAAACGGGGGGUCAUUGUGGCUCUGAAAUCCCUGAAGCCUUUUGACUGUGAAUGAGCUAAUGAGCUGGCGGCUGAAGCCAAAGAAGAAUGGGCCACUAAGAUGAAGUGGUCCCUGGAGCUGAUAACCGACUAUCGAAUACGCAUCGCUUGUGGCUCGUUUUGUGGUUCCUUCCUCGAGUACUUUAAUCAUGGCAUUAGUAAUCCAGUGAGGAACAAGUCCGAGCAGGACUCCUCUAAGUAAGUCACCAUCGCUGGUGAUUCGUUGAUGGAGGAAGAGGGUCAGUGGGAGAAUCCCAAAGAAGAUUGUAAAGAGCAGCAGCAGCAGCAGGAGGUCAACAAGUGUGCCAAGCAGCUCUUGCCAGACCGGACCCUAGCUGCACAUAACCGUGCCAACGAAAAGCUUGUGCACUUUGUAAUCAAACAGCGCAUGGUGGAAGGACGCCUGCUGGCUGUGAUCCGAGGUCAGGUGCAAUCGAGGUGGCUCCGCUACUUCCAGAGAUCUGACAAUAGAUUUUUUGGAGUGGAGACUUACCUGGAAGAUAACACGCAGUUAGACAAAAUGUUCUGUUAUCUCACCGAGCUCUACGAGACUGCUGUGCCCAUACUGCCAGGCAAGCCUGCGGCUCAAUACAUGGAGCGCAUCCCGUUUGUUUUGGAUGUGCUCCUUCCCAAGGCUAUCACAUACACCAUUGCUGGGAUGGACAAUAUCUCUAUAAAGAAGGCAGAAGAAAAAUACCUGAAAGGACGUUGUUUAAGUAACAGGGAAAUACAAGACUAUGAGUUGAUGAUUGAGCGGCUCUGUAUGAGAAAAUCCUAGCAGCUAAACACAAUGCUUUGUUUCAAUUCCAACAGACGUCUGAGUGGAUGUAAUCAAAUUGCCUUCUCAAGGCAGUCUUAAAAUGGUCUGGCAUCAGGAACGUCUCAC